AUGUGCCCCUAUGUAGUCGAGCCGAAGGCUUUGUUGGAUAUUAGGAAUAUGCUUCAAUCAAUGGGGAAGCACAUAUCAUCAUUCCCUCUUCCAAAAAUUAAUGAGUCAUAUGACGCUACAAGCAGUGAGGCCAGGGAGAUCAUAGAGGAGUCCAUGAUCGAGGUGGACCGAGAACACAUUUGCCUGGAAGACUCCCUUAACCCGGAACACAUGUAUGCAUACAAUGAGAUACUUGCAGAAGUCGAUAGUGGGAACGGAGGUGUAUUCUUUGUUGAUGGACCGAGAGGCACGAGAAAGACUUAUCUAUACAAAUCAUUGCUUGCUAAGGUACGUAGUGAGGAUAAGAUAGUCGUGGCAACCGUGAUGUCAGGCGUUGCUGCCUCCAUCUUGCCCGGAGGUAGGACUGUGCACUCAAGGUUUAAAAUUCCAUUAAACAUUGAAGAUGGUGGGGUUUGUAGCUUUACCAGGCAAAGUGAGACAACUAAGCUUCUUAUGAGGGCAUCCCUAAUAAUAUGGGAUGAGGCCUCCAUGACAAAGCGACAAGCAGUUGAGGCUCUUGACAGUAACAUGAGGGACAUCAUAGGUCGAUGUGAUCUGCCGUUUGGUGGAAAGAUAUAUGUGUUUGGGGGAGACUUCAGACAAGUGUUUCCUGUUGUUUGGAAGGGAACAAGGCCACAAAUAACAGAUGCAACGCUACGCAAGUCUUAUCUCCAGGAGAGUAUGCAACAACUUAGACUUGUUCAUAAUAUGAGGGCUCAGAGCAAUCCAUGGUUUUCCAAGUAUCUUUUGCGCAUUAGGAAUGGCAUCGAAGAUACUGUGGAUGAUGGUUAUUUUUGGGGGUUUUCAUUAAGGACCUCGACGCUCCUGCCCCACCAGCUCGCGCUUGCAGACAAACAGGUCAUUGGAGGCUUUGUGGAUCACUAG